CAAUCUGCCACUCGUUCUGACCCUUAUUAGUUCUCAUUCGAUCAAAUCAGGCAGUCCUCUCACCACUCACGUCGUAGACCAUACAUAAUAUGUUCCAUGCAACUUAUCCUUUACCGCACGCCCUGCGGCCGACCCAUCCCCGGAGGCAGAUCUCCUGGUUCCGGCCGAGGCAUUGCUCACACUUCCAGUCUGCGCCGGGCGACGUCCUGCUCGAGAUCGCGACCCACGUCGAGUCGCUCGCCGACCUCUGCGCGCUCGCCUUGACCUGCUCCCGCGUCAACGCGUUCGUCUCCCAGGCGUUGUACCGCGAUGUGGUCCUCAACACGUACGAGCAGUGCGUGGAGACGCUCCGGAUGCUCUCCCGCAAGCCGCUCAGCGUCGCACGCCACGUUCGCUCGCUCGAGGUCCACCCGCACGGCCGGAGCGCGAAAUACGUCUACCACCACGCGCACAACGUCGCCGCCGCGCUCGAGCACCUCGUGCGCCGGCUGGACGCGCUCCAGUCGUUCGUAUGGGAGGCUGAGGAGGGCCCGCCAUCUCAGAGCCUGUGGCUCGCGUUGCGACUGUCAUGCCCGUGUUUGCGCAAAGUCGGGACGACGAUCGGGUCUUGCAGCCCCGGCGCUCAGAGCUAUUUGUACGACUUCGCGAACCUCACCUCGUUCUCACUGACGCUCAAACCGGGUUACUACACGCACCACGCCGAUGACUUCUGGUUAGAUGAGAGGCCCGAGUGGAUCCGUCUUUGGAACAUGCUAGAGAAAUCGCCCAACCUCGAAGAGCUACGCAUAGAAGGCGUCGCGCUCCAUUCCGUAGACGCGCGGAAGCUCUGCACUAAACGAUGGCCCAAACUCAAGCGCCUCUGGCUCGGCGACGUCUUCGUCCAGAUCCCCGUCGUCGUCGCCGCCGUGGGCGCCCCCAAACCACCAUUCAUCGUCUUCCUCGAAUCGCACCCCUCUCUCGAAUCUCUACAGCUCACGCGGCACGCCGGUGUCACACCCGAACACCUCCUCACCCUCUCCCCGGAAUCCCUCCCCCGCCUCUCCGAAUUCAGCGGCACGCUCGACCAGGUGCAAAAGCUCCCCCGCGCCGCCGGGCUCAAAGCCCUGCACUUCCCGGAACCGAUGUACCUCCGCGAGGUUACCCCGCUCAUGGUCUCCGGCGUCCUCCACGGCCUCGGCUCUCUCACACGCCUCACCAUCUCCCUCGUCCUGCACGCCUCCUACGACAACCGUGGCCUGCUGCGCACCAUCGUCACCUCCUGCCCGCACCUCACCUUCUUCGACUUCACCUACUCCCGCAAACCCUGCUUCUCCGUCGAAGCCAUCGCCGCCGCGAUCGCCCCUCUCCAGAAACUGCGCGCGCUCCACCUGACGAUGGUCCGCAUCCCGACCGAAGCCCCGCUCUGCGACGGCGGCGCCCGCAUCGCGCGCGCGCUGCCCCGCCUCCGCGCCUUCACCCUCACCCUCCUCUCCCGGCACACGGCCGUCGCCCGCGACGUCGCCCCGCCGUUCACCCACCGCGCCCACUUCGAGCUCGUGCACGACCAGCACGGGCUCCCGCUCCUGCUCCGCGUGCGCGAGACGCGCAAGCCGCUGAUCGCGCUCGUGUGGGGCGGGGACCGCGAGGUGCGGUACGUGCACGAUCUCCGGCCGGUGGGACACCCCGACGCGCGGACGAAGGGCGUCGCGGAGCUGCUGUUCGAGAGGUCGGCGGCGGGGGAGGAAACGCGGUUGAUGUUCUUCUGCGUGUCGCUCGUGACGCUGGCCGUCUGGGGCUUUGCCGGGUUCCGCCACUGAGCGGGUUAUGUACGAGGGAGGGACUUUGUUCGAAGAGGUGCAAACGGAUGUAUAUUUAUGCUGUAUCCUUACAUACCGUAUCCCGC